AGAUGGACAACGGACGGAACAGUGACUUACACAGGAAGUAAAGUUUAAUCUGAAGGUUUGCUCAAUUUGACAACAAUACCACAAAACUAUAAUUGUGGAUUAGGUAUUUCAUCUUAAAUUGAUUUAAAACGUAUUUAAGGUCAAAAUGCUGAUCAAGGUUAAGACUCUCACUGGCAAAGAAAUAGAGAUCGACAUUGAGCCCACAGACAAGGUGGAGAGAAUUAAAGAAAGGGUGGAGGAGAAAGAGGGGAUUCCACCUCAACAACAAAGACUCAUCUACAGUGGAAAACAGAUGAACGAUGAGAAGACAGCUGCGGACUACAAGAUCCAGGGAGGCUCAGUGCUGCAUCUGGUCCUGGCGCUAAGAGGAGGGCUAGUCUACCACUGUUCCAGCAUACACCUCAUCGCCUAGUGGGCAGUUUGUCAUCGUCACACCAUGUUGCAACACAGAGCAGCAAUUUGGACUGCUAUAAUUCCUCUGUUUUUGUAACCACCCAUACACUGUUGGAAUUUAAGUAAGUGGGACACAGUGAGAGAGUUUGUUUUUGCUUGUGAAUAAAAGGUGAAAUGUA